UGCGCACGGCGCGCGCCGCACAGCUCUCCUUGGAUUGGAUUCGGAGGCACGGAGCUCGUGCCCCCCGCCAGACGGAGAGUGCGCGAGCUUAAGUGAUCACAGGGAGUGAUUUUAUCUCCGGAUGUAACUUGUGGUUUGACUUUUUUUUUUCUUGUUUUUUUAUAAAUGGCUUUAGGUUGAUAGAUUUUUUUUGUUCUGCUUCUUCUUCGUCGAAAUGGUGAUUUUCUACCGUUUCUUAAACGCCAAAAUGAGACACUUGUUGGAUUAAAGGGCCCGGAUGUAGAGACUCGCAGGUGGAUUUCAGCGGAUCCCGGCAGAGAGCGGCGUCUAAAGGUGUCGGACAUGGACUCACACGGGCCUUCGCUCAACCGCAGCCAAUCGCUGGCGAGCGGCCUGGAGAAGUCCUCGCAGACGUGGAAGCGGUCGCACUCUCGCAGCAGCAGCACUCUGUCAUCCUCCAGACAGAUCAUCAAAGACUGGGAAGUGAUCGACGACCUUCAGGUAGAAACGCGGGCGGGAGGCGACAAUCCUCCCGAUACGACCGCUCCGGGCAUCUGUGAGGGAUAUCUCCUCAAGAGGAGGAAGUGGCCGCUGAAAGGUUGGCACAAGCGAUACUUCGUCUUGGAAGUGGGGACCUUGCGUUACUCCAAAAAUCAACAGGAUGUGUCCCGGGGAAGAGUCCAGGGCUCGUUGGACGUCAGCCUGGCCGUCAUGUCCAUCAACAAGAAGUCGAACCGGAUCGACUUGGACGCCGGUGACAUUCUCUAUCACAUGAAGGCGAAGGGCCACGAGCUCUUCUACAUUUGGGUGACCAAGCUCCAAGCCCACCGCCUGUACAAGAAGCACGAGGCGGCGGCGGCUCAGCUCCACGGCGGCUUCCUCCACGCGGCCGGACGCGCUCAGAGAAACGGAGACUUGAGCGCUGCAGGCGUGGCGGAUUCAGCCGGAGCGCCGGCGGGAGCGCCGCCCUCCGGUAGCACCGCUGUGAACAGCAAAGUGUCGGCCUGGCUGCGGCAAAGCCAGGACCCGGACACCUGUGUUCAAGAGCUGAACCGCUGCAAUUUGGACCUUUCCGAGAUAAACCACUUAAUCCAGAGGCUGCAGAUGUUGGAGGCGAGCCCGACUUUGACCAACGGAGACCUGAAGCGCAUCAUCAGCAUUCAGAAUCUCUCGCUCGAGAAGCCGAAGAAGUCGAGGUCGGGAAAGAUCUGGGGCCACUCUCGCACAUUAUCCAGAGUGGAGGCCCUGGGAAUGCUGUCCUCCAGUCACCUGGGCAGCUCGCCUAACCUCGGUGCGUCCGCCUCCUCCAUCCCCGACUUCGUCUUCUCCCAGCUGUCCCCGACUGUCACGUCGCCCGAGGGCAAGAAAAUCCAGCAGGACAUCUGCGCCAUGUCGCUACGAGUGAUUGCUUCCCUGAAGAAAGUGCAUGAAACUCUGUCCCAGGAGAGGCAGAAGCUUCAGGAGGUCUGGGAGACCAACAACAUCCACCAGUCCAACACGUUAGCCGUGCCUGCAGCAGAGAGGCGUCCAUCCCGCGGGCCUCCCUCAGUGGCGGAUUCGGCCGCGGAGUAUUUUGACGCCAGCGAUGACGUCCUUUGUGGAAGUUCUUCUGAGGUGUCCGACGAGUCAGGACUUAGCGACGGGAGCACCACCAACUCUGAGCCAGAGGAAGGACAUGCAUCGGCCACCAGGAAGUACCGCGCGAGCAUUUCCAGGACUCCGAACUGCGUUUCUCCCAAGAGUACCGGCCGGCGAACCACGCUGCCGGCCAACUGCCCCGACAACAGCCACGUGGGCCUCAUGGCGAUCCUCUACAACAACAUAGGUAAAGACCUGGCUCGAGUGUCCAUGCCCGCUCCUCUCAACGAGCCUCUCAACCUGCUGCAGAGGCUGUGUGAGGAGCUGGAGUACAGUGAGCUGCUGGACACCGCCAACCACACGGCAAACCCCUACCAGAGGAUGGUUUACAUUGCUGCUUUCGCCAUCUCCGGUUACGCCUCCGCCACGUUCAGGAACCGCUACAAGCCGUUUAACCCGGUGCUGGGCGAGACCUACGAGUGCGACCGAGAGGACCGGGGCUUUCGCCUCCUCAGCGAGCAGGUCUGCCAUCAUCCCCCCAUCUCUGCCUGCCACGCAGACUCUGAGAACUUCUCCUUUUGGCAAGACCAGCGGUGGAAGAAUAAAUUCUGGGGGAAGUCUCUGGAGAUUCAGCCAACGGGAAUGGUGAACGUCACUUUACCGAGGUUCGGGGACCACUAUGAGUGGAACAAGGUCGUGACCUGCAUCCACAACGUCCUCAGUCAGCAGCGCUACCUGGAGCACUACGGCGAGGUCACCAUCCGCAACCUCAAGAGCAACGUCUGCACCUGCAAGAUAACCUUCGUCAAGUCUCGUUACUGGGGCUCGGACACCAACAGGAACGAGGUGCAGGGCACGGUGGUGGACCAAAGCGGCAGCGUCAUCCACCGGUUCGGCGGCCUGUGGCACGAAGGCAUCUUCUGCGACACUCUGCCCACUCCGAAGUGCGUCUGGAAGCCCAACCCCCAGCCAGAGGACUCCCUGCUGUACUACGGCUUCUCCACCUUCGCCACGGAGCUGAACGAGCUCACCCCCGACCUGAAGCCUCUCCUGCCUCCGUCAGACAGCCGCCUGCGGCCCGACCAAAGGAUGCUGGAGGACGGAGAGGUGGAUGAAGCGGACAGAAAGAAAGACGAUAUCGAGGAGUUCCAGAGGGAGCGGAGGAAAGAACUCGCCAAAAGAGGAGAAGAACACGUUCCGCGGUUCUUCAAGAAAGCCAAAGACUCCUGUGGCCGUGACGUGUGGUUGUCUAACGAUACGUACUGGAAGCUCAGGGAGAAUCCAGGUUUUGCUAAAACUAAAAACACAACCGUGUGGUGACGGCGACGGCGUGGACGA